UCCUUACCGGAGAAGCUAAGGAUUGUGGGAGUUGUGGUGCGGAUUCUUCUUGUUUGUCUUCACUGUGAUAGCAGGACGAUGUUUGGCUCUGUGCUGCUCUGCUGCUGGUUCUUCAGUCUGCUGCGUCUCUCCUCCUCUCUGGUUCAUGGAAACAUCCAGCUGGAUGACGGUCCGGCCACCGGUCGCCGCACCGAUACCUCCUACCUGUCUGACAUAGAGAGAAACCAUCCCCCCAACCCCAUGCAUGAUGCUGCGCUCCUACCUGUCGACUCAGUGGAGGAUCACUUUCUGAUAGAUGCAGGGUCAUACGAUGAGGACUCAUCAGCAGCCUUGCAGAUGCAGGGGCGGGCCAUGCGUUCACCGCGUCGCUGUAUCCCUCACCAGCAGUCUUGUCUUGGUUACCCACUGCCCUGCUGUGACCCCUGUGACACUUGCUACUGCCGCUUCUUCAAUGCCAUCUGCUAUUGCCGCAGAGUUGGCCAUGCCUGCCCACCCAGACAUACCUGACCAAACCUAUCUACGACCGAUGGCACCCCUGAGGAUGAAGUAGUGUGAGGAGAUGGGGAGCCAGAAACAAACACUGUGCACAGUAAACAUGUCGAUGCAUUUGCAUGUUUUAUAAAAAUGUGCUCUUUAUGUAAUAAACUAC